UGUGGUUUGAAAUAAUUCUGCAAAUGCGCAAAAAAGGAGUGUUUUCAUGUGAACAGCGCAGCAGCGAUGCACGCGUUAUUUCUUGAGUGUUGCGGGAGAGCAGAGGGCGGGUGUUCGCUUCAUCCUCUUCCGCUCGCUGUCGCGUUUCGCUCGGGUUAAAUACUGCUGCGCUUCCCAGAUCAUCUUCCAUAGUCAAACCGAGCGACAGCAGCAGCCAGAAAACAUAUGAGAGGUCAUGUGAUAUAGCUCAUGUUUGGGGAAGUGUGUCAGUGCUACUGCUGCGCUGUGGUUCAGUUCCGAACAGCGCCAACAUACAGGUGAUUUACAUCCUUCGACAUGGAGCCCAAACCCGGCUGCUGCGCAGCAUCGGUGCCCAACUCACAGUGUGAUCUCAAGGGGAAUAUCUACGAGACCAUCAGUGAGGGUAACGUGAAUAAACUGGAGGGCGUGGCCCUGGUGCGGGGGGGCAGUGACCCAAGCUCGUACCCGUCAUCCAAACACCCGGCGGGCGCCCGGAACAGGUUCAUCCGCAGGAGUCUGUGGUUCAGUGACAAUGACGAGCACCCGUUGGAUGAUUGCGCCCUGGAAUGCAACGAGCGGAAUAAGAUGCUCGGCAUCAACCUACAGACAAUAUUGGACCGAACUCUUGGGGUCCAAUCCACUUUACAAGAAGGUUCGUGCACCGAAAGCCAGAAGGACCCGGGCGGCACCAGUGCCGAUGAGGAGAAAGAAAGAACGGACCACAAAAGAGACGCAACGGAUGGCGUUAAGACUAGCAUAAAGGCUUCCAGUGAGGAGAAUGAGGAAGAAGCGGAGAUGAAGGCUGUUGCCACCUCUCCAAGUGGACGCUUUCUCAAGUUUGACAUAGAGAUUGGCCGCGGCUCUUUCAAGACGGUCUACAAAGGUCUGGACACGGACACUUGGGUGGAGGUGGCCUGGUGUGAACUUCAGGACCGUAAACUGUCUAAAGUGGAGCGGCAGCGGUUUAAAGAGGAGGCCGAGAUGUUAAAGGGGCUUCAGCACCCAAACAUUGUGCGCUUCUAUGACUUCUGGGAGUUGCCGCUGAAAGGGAAGAAAUGCAUCGUACUGGUGACAGAGCUCAUGACAUCAGGCACUCUGAAAACUUAUCUGAAGCGCUUUAAGGUGAUGAAACCCAAGGUUUUGCGGAGCUGGUGUCGUCAGAUUCUUAAAGGCCUGCACUUCCUGCACACACGCGCACCUCCCAUCAUCCACCGCGACCUGAAGUGUGACAACAUCUUCAUCACGGGCCCCACUGGCAGCGUCAAGAUCGGAGAUCUGGGUCUGGCUACGCUCAAAAGAGCUUCCUUUGCCAAGAGCGUCAUUGGUACCCCAGAGUUCAUGGCUCCAGAGAUGUAUGAAGAGCAUUAUGAUGAGUCUGUUGACGUCUACGCCUUUGGCAUGUGCAUGUUGGAGAUGGCCACGUCUGAAUAUCCAUACUCAGAGUGCCAGAACGCAGCUCAGAUCUACCGCAAAGUCACCAGUGGGGUGAAGCCUGCCAGUUAUAACAAGGUGAUGGAUCCAGAGGUAAAAGAGAUCAUCGGCGAGUGUAUUUGUCAGAAUAAGGAGGAGCGUUACUCCAUCAAGGACCUGUUGAACCAUGCAUUCUUUGCUGAGGACACGGGUGUGAGGGUGGAGUUAGCCGAGGAAGACGAUAGGAGACAGACUUCCAUCGCUCUGAAGCUGUGGGUGGAGGACCCACGCAGACUGAAGGGCAAGUACAGGGACGGAGGCGCUAUAGAGUUCACCUUUGAGCUGGAGAAAGAGGUUCCUGAGGCUGUGGCACAGGAGAUGGUUGAGUCUGGUUUCUUCCACGAGAGUGAUGCAAAGAUUGUGGGCAAGUCUAUUCGGGACAGGGUGGCCCUGAUCAAGUGGCGUAGGGAGAGAACAGUGCCCAGGGGUCCACAGGGUGGCACUGCCCAGUUGAUACCAGGUGGGAUGGUACCCAUCAUCUGCGAACCACCUUGUCUAGUGGAGCCAGAGGAGCCGGAGGUAGACCAGCAUGCCAAAGUGUGCCAAUUCAGUGCCAAGACCACCUCCACCACAUCUGACAGUGGCAUUGGUACAUCUGUGUACUCUGAUUCCCAUAGCAGUGGACUGCACAGUGUUGUAUAUCAAUCUUUACAGGAAUCAGUUUCCACGGCAACCCAGAAGGGUGCACAUCAUGAAAGCUCCUCUGUGAAUGACUUAAUCAGAAGACACAAACAUCUUCAGUUCCUCCUACGACCCACUAGUUCUUCCUUUACUCCAAAACCACAAGACCAAUUCGAGCUGACAGAAGAUGGAUUUGAAAGUUCUCCCGAUCAGAAUUUGCUGCUUUCUCCUUUGCCUGUUACAACUCGUCGCUAUAGCGACACAUCAGUCGCACCACCCUGUGAGACAGAGGGGGAGGAGACUGUCGCCAAAGUGAAGCAGGGGCGCCGGCAUUCUUUAAACCCCAACCCUCACUGUCCCCAUUCCACAUGUCAGGCCUGCCUAUUGCUAAUGCAACUGGGGUCAUUCUUAGAGACAAGACACAUGCCUUAUUCUUCAGAUCCUCACUUGUGUGCUUGCAGUGUCAAGAGAAUACUUCCUGUUGGGUCGCCAAUGGGACCAGGUCGGCGUAGAGGCUCCCUCAGCGAGACCUCUGACUUAUCCCAGCUCAACAAAUCUCUUCAAAGUAUUAUUGGUCACAAACAUCCCCCUACUACUGACUUUCUAAAGGUUCCACUAGCCAAGGCAGAAAGAAGGCAGAACUGGGCUGCCAGCAGCCUUAAUGAUGCGCAGGACACGAUGGAAACAUCAUGUAAAGAAUUUACGUCACAUCGCAGAGGGAGUGAUUGUGCUUGUGAACGUUCUCAGAGUCCCGUGUCUGGUGUUUUGAGGCUCCAAAGCCAGACAGCACCUUCCAUAGCUCAGCAUGUGCAGACACCGCAGAGUUACCCUUCUGCACCUUCAGAGACCCUUGCUGUGCAGCCAUGCUGUGCACCCUGCGGCCAGACGAUGUCCACCACCCAACACGUUGUACCUCUGCAUCAUCUAGCGACUGCACCACACAUGAUAAAUCCCCAGAACCACACAUCACUUUGUCAGGCUGCAGAUCCAAUCAUGCAGGCCAAGAAGCCUGCAGUGUCCUAUCAGCCUGUGUCUUCACCACAGAACAUUGCUCCUCAGAGUUACCAUCAUGCUGCAACAGAGAUACCCAAUCCUCAAACAUUUCCACCAGUGCAGCAAACUGCAGCGGCAUCUGCACAUAGUUUCCCAUCUAAAACAGAAAUAGUACUGCCUACAGAGCAGAGUUUACAGAGCAGAGCAUCCACCGUGCAGUGUGUCUCAUCUGUAUUAGGAACAGUGCAGCCUCAAGAAACACCUGCAGUGCAAUAUUUGCAGCAACAACCUGUGAAUGUGACAACAGAUGGGCAACUAUCAGAUUUUUCAACUAUGCAACAAACUGCUCCUGGGCAUCUAAAUCAGACAAGCCAUGCACCACCUGUCCAACAGGCAUCCUUGACCAGCCAACACCAAACUGUUCAAAUGGGCCAGAACACUCCCAAUAGCUCAGAUCAUGUCAAUACCUCUCAGAUAAUGUCUCACCUCACUCAAACUGCUGCCCAGAAUGCUACUAUCCUAUUGCCCAAUACCGACAAUAAUGCACCUCAGCCAACCCCUCAGCCGCCCACAGUACCCUUCAGGCCCGUCCUUGAUGCAUUCAACUCUGCAGUGCCUCUGGACCAAAACCAGAUUCCUCAGCUCACAUGCCAAGCGCCAGCUCCUUUACCCACCGCCCCACGUUCUGUAGCCAGUGCUGGUCUGAGUCAGCAAAACCAAGUGGGCAUCAGCGGUCUGACUCAAACACUGCAGCAGCACAGCACUAGUGCAAGUGGAGGGGGACCUGCCAACACUGAAGUGUCUGCUGAGGAAUUUGCUCUGGAUAAACAGACAGGACCAGCAGUGUCCACUAAUGACUGUGUAAACUCAGAUGCCACGUCUGGUAAAGAGAUGAGUGAUGGGAACGAGGGCUCAAACAGAGCUCGCAGUGAAUCCAGAGUCCGGAAACCUCAUCGCAAAUCCUCACGCUCACGACAAGACAAGAUCAACAGACCCAAACUCACCAUGAUCAAAGUGUGUGACACAGGAGAUAAGAUGGUUGAGUGUCAGCUGGAGACUCAUAAUCACAAGAUGGUGACCUUCAAAUUUGACCUUGACGGAGAUGCUCCAGAGGAGAUCGCCACAUAUAUGGUCGAGAAUGAGUUUAUUUUGUUAUUGGAAAGAGAGAUGUUCAUUGAGCAGCUGAAGGACAUCAUGGAUAAAGCAGAGGACAUUCUGAGUGAAGAUGCAGAGGGAGAGAAGAGCUCCGUCCAGACAUCACCCCUGCAUCAGUCACCAGUCGCUGGAGCUUCUGACUCACAUGGAGCAAAGCCUCAGGAAACCCAGUCUGAGCAGCUAGUUUAUAAACAAAAUGUGCUUCACACAGGAAAACGCUGGUUCAUCAUCUGUCCUGUGGCUGAGACGCCCACAUCUGACAGAGAACACGCAGACAAGAGCCGACAGAGUUCCUCGACACCUCAAACACAUGAUGUCGACACAGUCAGUGCAAAAGCUCUGCAGAAACGGCCAUCUCUGCUGCAACCACCUCUCUCUGAGCCCACUCAGUCAGCGGAUGGCUCUCAGGUUGUGUGUUCAGGCGUUUCUAUGGUUUCUGACAUCCCGUGCUGCCACACUGUGCCUCCUGUAUCCUUGGAAGUCACCCAGAAAGUAAACGAAACCCUUCACCAGCCGAUAGCCCACAAAUGCAGCUCUAGUGCAGAGCCGCCCGGGAGCCACACCCAACAGGUGGUAUUGCAGCAGCAUUUUGCUAUGCCCACUCCACAAGCUUCGGUUACCAGUUCCCAAUCUCAGCCUCAGAGCCCCGCCCAUCAGCCCCAACAAACCCUGCCCUCCGCGCCGGGAUGUUCUGCAUCACAGGGGCCACCAGGGGGUGGGCCAGGCGAAUCAGAUGGGGAGGGGCCACCACGACUCGAGUUUACAGAUAGAACCAUAAAGACUUUAGAUGAGAAACUCCGCAAUCUGUUGUACCAGGAGUACCACCCCUCACAAACCACGAGCUCUGCCUCUGACCCUCCUGGAUCACCUCCGUUGUCAGACAGCCAAGGCAGUGAUGGAAAUGUGAGAAGAGAAGAGAAACUGCCUAAGAUUCCAGAGAGAUCUGAUAGUCUGGGCACUUUAAGUGAUUCUGCUGUUGCCCCUUUUAAGAGACUCUUGAGCAGAGACAUGGGGGCCAGUUCUGAUGCACACACAUCCAAGAGCCACUUCCAGAGCUCCUGCAGUUCUCAUGAUGGCGGCACGGAUCAUGUGAUAAAUGAAUGUACAGCAGUUUCUGCAGCCGAGAACACACACAGAUCCACAACACACAGCAACAGAUACUCCGCACCGCCUGACUUGUAUCAGGACACGCCUGUUUCAUUUCCUGAGGCCAGACCAAUGAUUGCUUGCAUUCAGAGUUCAGUGUCAGCUGACGGGAGUGCAACGCAGAGGUUGUGUCUCUCUUCUGACACAGGUGAGGAGGAUCAGAGCGCACCUCCACCCAUCAAGCCUUCAUCAGAAUACAGCGGCAGUGAUUUUAUGAAGCGGGCAGUGGCUUUACUUCGGCGCUCGGGACACAGCAGCAGCGUGCAUAGCUCUGAUUCGCCCAGCUGUCCCAUGGCAAAUGGACACGGCCAGUCGGUUGGCAGUCACACUCACUCUGCUUACAUCAGUAGCGAUAACGACUCCGAGUUUGAGGAUGCAGAUAUGAAACGAGAGCUGCAGAAACUCAGAGAGAAGCAUAUGAAGGAGAUCUCGGAGCUUCAGGCUCUUCAGAGAGGAGAGAUCGAGCAGUUGUAUUCUCGCUUGGGUCGUCCUGUUCCGCCCAGCUUGGGCUUCCUGCAUCCAGUGCCCCCUACAGGCCGUCGCCGCAGGGCCUCCAAAAACAAGCUGAAAGGAAGCCGACUGCUCAAUCCCAUGGUGCAACAGCUCAAGAACACCCGGAGUAACAGCUCGACUGAGACUUGCUCCAGUGUUUCGGGUUCUCCAGUUAAAAGUUCUGUUCUGAGCAACGGUUCUGUGGGCUCCAGCACUGCCACACUGAGUCCUGUAUCAGAUCCAUUAGAGCUGGUCCAAACCCAACAGCCCUGCUCACUGAAGAGCUCUCUGUCCUCAGACAACAUCUACAGCCCCAACACACACACAACUCACACACAAGGCUGGACCGUUUACCACCAAACAUCUGAGCGAGUCACCUAUAAAUCUAGUAGCAAACCACGCACUAGAUUCCUCAGUGGACCCGUGUCUUUGUCCAUCUGGUCCACUCUCAAACGACUCUGUCUAGGCAAAGAGCGCAGCAGUAGAUCUCAUGCUACUGGUGCCGCCCACUUGACAUCAGCAUCCAAUCAGCAUUCGCCACCUGUCACCAUGCCGGCUGUGUCUCCUCAGCCAAUCACAUCACUUGUUCAGGCUCAGGCAAACAACAGCAACAAUAAGACUGGUACAUUCACAGAUGACCUGCACAAGCUGGUCGAUGAUUGGGCGAAAGAAACACUUGGCUCCGCCUCUCAGCCCCGCCCCUCCACGAAUCAGAUCAGACAGCAGAGAUCGCAUCAAAACUUCCAGACCAACCCUCCAAACACCAGAGUCUCCAACCAGAUAAGGGGCUCGAUUCCUCAAGCGGUUAUGAAGUUUCAUCUGCCUCUCUCGUGUCCGCUAUCAGCAGCUCUGGGUCCUAUUAUGCCUCAUGGCAUCGCAAGCACCCCCUCUCCCAUCCUCCAGUGGGGCAGUUACCUGAUGCCCAAUGCCCCCAUCCCUGGAAUGAUGCCAGCCGCCGUGUAUCCAAACCAGUGGUCUGGUUUGACCAGUCCACUUGGUGCGAUUAGUCCAGUGGGCAUGGUUUCCACAGAUGGUUUGGUGCCAUACCCUGGUACGUCCAGCCCAGCACUGCAGCCAUUUCCUUUGGUGGUCAAAAGUCCAAAAAACCCGAUGUGCACCAGCAAAGCCAGGACUGCAUGAGAGCGACACCACUACAGUUCAGAAACGGCAACAAACAAUGUUUAUGGGUAAUGUUAAUCAAUGCAGCUGGAUAAUCACGGUAGUUCUACCACAACUGGUUACCGACAUGGACACGACACUUGGUUUCCCCUGAAUGAACGAAUCACCAACUAGUUUGUGGAGUCCCUGCAAUACCCCAUACUGCUGUGUUUACUACAUUUUUAGCUUGGCUUUAGGUUCAGCUUACAGGUUCUUGGAUUCUUCUGUGCUUGGAUUGUAGUUUAAUGGUCGACACAUCUGGACGAAGCUUUUGAGCCUGUAAAUAGAAGGUGUGAGUUUGUGAAUUUGGGCAUGACAAGUGUGUUUUUUGGUCUCAGAUGAGUCCUGUGGCACUGCUUGCACAUUUAUUUUGUUCUAUUUUUUUCUAAACAGAGAUCUUAUUCUGUAUUGAGGUGUGUUAAGACUGAGAAUACUACAAGACUUUGUCCUUUAGGAUUUCCCCCCAUAAUUCAACA